GGGAGGGCAAGCGAGAGAGCUAAGCAGGCAGCAGGCAGGCGGGCAGGCGGGUGGACGGACGGCCGGCCGGCACGGAGGGAGGGAACGAGCAAGCGGUGAGAAAGCCAGCGAGGGCGGCCGGGUCCCGAGGGCAGCGGAGAUUCCUCAGGUCCCUCCGGCCCCCUCCCCGGAGCCCACAGCACCUCCGGCAUCCAACGGAGCGGACACGGCCCGGCCCGGCCAUGGCCUCGUUGCUGAAGGUGGAUCAGGAAGUGAAGCUUAAGGUUGAUUCUUUCAGGGAGCGGAUCACAAGUGAGGCAGAAGACUUGGUGGCAAAUUUUUUCCCAAAGAAGUUGCUAGAACUUGAUAGUUUUUUGAAGGAACCAAUUCUAAACAUCCAUGACCUAACUCAGAUCCACUCAGACAUGAAUCUUCCAGUCCCCGAUCCCAUCCUUCUCACCAAUAGUCAUGAUGGAUUGGAUGGUCCCACUUAUAAGAAGCGCAGGUUGGAUGAGUGUGAAGAAGCCUUCCAAGGAACUAAGGUGUUUGUGAUGCCCAAUGGGAUGCUGAAAAGCAACCAGCAGCUGGUGGACAUCAUUGAGAAAGUGAAACCUGAGAUCAGGCUGCUGAUUGAGAAAUGUAACACGGUCAAAAUGUGGGUACAGCUCUUGAUUCCCAGGAUAGAAGAUGGGAACAACUUUGGGGUGUCUAUUCAGGAAGAAACAGUUGCUGAGCUAAGAACUGUUGAGAGUGAAGCUGCAUCUUAUCUGGACCAGAUUUCUAGAUAUUAUAUUACAAGAGCCAAAUUGGUUUCUAAAAUAGCUAAAUAUCCCCAUGUGGAGGACUACCGCCGCACUGUAACAGAGAUUGAUGAGAAAGAAUACAUCAGCCUCCGGCUCAUCAUAUCAGAGCUGAGGAAUCAAUAUGUCACUCUACAUGACAUGAUCCUGAAAAAUAUUGAGAAGAUCAAACGGCCUCGGAGCAGCAAUGCAGAGACACUCUACUGAGGCCAGGGCCAGGGCCAGGGGACUCUGUGAGUCUGGCUCAAGACCGACAUUGCCUUGGUUUGUUACCUGACUAUCGUGAUGGGGAAACUGGCUGGAAAUAGUAAUCACGCCUCUCUGUUUUUAGUUAGAGCCUAAUGAAACUCUCAUCUAGUUCUGUGACGUGUUUACCUCUUUUUUCAGGCCUCAGGAACUCUUCUGUCUCCUUCCCUAAUACCCCACACCCAGCCUGUCCUAAUUUCUGGAGAACUCCAGGUUUGUGCAAGAUACUGGCACAAGAAUACUCAUGUGUCCUCUUCCCCUCCUCUCCCUCCUCCCUGUGACUUAGGCUUUGUGUUGUUUUGUUUUUCCUUUUGAUGACUAGCUGUUUAAAAGCUGGGGAAAUAUAGGGAAAUUGCUAGGUGAUUCUUAGAAACUGGGGUAAUGGGUAGAGGAGACAUCGCUGUGUUAUAAGGCUAGUGUCUCUUGCUUCUGUGGGACAUUGGACUCUCCCUGCCACAGUUGCCCUAGGUAAUGACUUAGGACUUCCCAUCUAUAUUCAUCCCACCUUAAACUUGAUUAUGAUAAGGAACACCUUAGGCCUUCAGCCAAGUCCCUAGCUCCUUAGAACGUUUUUAUAAUUUGGGUUUUCACAUAGAUAUGUGUAACACGUGUACACACAUAUAAGAACAUACAUGCCUCCUGAUCCAUCACCCAACAUGACCCUCCUUUCCUUUGUCCCUGUCACACACACACACACCUUUCAGCAGGUGAUAGUUAUCUUAGACAUCAUCCUCCCAGGCAAAAGUCCCAGGCUCAUCCUCCUUUCUGAUAAUGUAGCCGCUUGGUGCCCAGGGUAAGUUGGAGGAGAAUCAGGAACCGAGAAACAGAGGACUGACAAAGGCCUCCUCCUCUGUCACUCGGGGUCUUCGUGGUGGUAUGCAAAGCUGGUCCUCUGACUCCUGCUUGCCUCCUCCAGGCCAGUGGGCUUUGGGGCCGGUUAUGGGCAGCCGUGAGCUCCAGACGCUGCUGCUCCGUGUUGCGCUUUCCCUUUGGGAAGUCUUUUUCUUAUUUAUAGUACUGUGCUUCCAGGGAAAGCAGUAAUUCGUGUAUGCGUGUGCGUGUGCGUGUGUGCACAUACCCAAGUGUGUAUGCGUGUGUGUAAAUAUGCUGCGCAGGUCAAACCCUUAGAAGAGUUGCCUCUCAAAUCUUCCAGAGAUAUCACUUGUUAUAGCUUUUGUUUAAACCCUUAUCAAUCCCUAGCUUUUUUAUUUGCCCUCUAAGGAGAGUUCAUGUCUGCAGUCUUCCUGCUAGUGACUCUCAGUGUCUAUUUCUGACUUUUAUUCUUCUCUUGUCUCUGUCUUCCAAUCAUAUUUCCACCUGGGAUGCAUCAUUUUUAUUCCCAGUGUUCUAUGAAAAGGAGUCAGGCUACUCUCUUCCCAUGAAUAGUACUCAGUAACAAACCAAUUGCAUUUUAGUUGGGCAGUACUCCUACCCACUCCUCAGAUCCCUUCCAGUUAAAGCCCUUCCUUCCUACCACCAUGUGUUUCUGUUGUCCUUUUGUUUGAUUGUUCCACUGCCCCUCCUCACCCUACCACCCUCGGAUUGUAAUGUAAAAUUCUUUUACCAUGUCAAGAAAUUAUUAAAAAUACAGGUACUUUGACCUCUUUUUAAAGCCACA